AUGGCUGCUGGACAGCUCCGGCUGCUGAAAGUCCCAAGGUGGCUAUCUGAGCAGUGGCUGCAGUCAAAACCGCAGGACAUUGUGGCCGAUCUGGAUCUUGAGCAAGGAAUCCUGAAAUUGAACUCCGCGCGAGCUGGGUGUCCAACAAGUAUGCGGGUGGAGCGUCGAGCUUCUCCUGAGCUUUUCAGCUUCUGGCAGCCCUUUGAUGGCUCUGAGGCGCCCAUCGAGGGGAUCGUUGAGUCUUUGACGCUGCAGCCAGACCUGAAAGACCGAAGCUACCGGAGCCUCCUUGAUCAGCGCAAGGAAACAGAGACCGCAUCAUCCAGCCGCCGCAGUCGCCACGAAGAGCGCCUCAUCCAGGGCGGCGAAAGGCCAACGGUGGUCAGAGCGACAAAAACCACACACACAGAGACAGAGACCAGCUCUCCUGGAGCUGCUCUCUCAGAUGUUCUGGCAGCUGUGGAGACGGCAUUGCAAACCGCCGGUACCACGGGGCUCAGUGGUUUGGAGCUUUUCGAAAGAUUGCCGUCCGGUGGCUGCACACUGGCGCAGCUUCGGGAUUCGCUCCUCGCCCUUGCCAUCCCAAUUCAAGCAGAGGAUGGCGGUCGCCGCUACGUUUAUGCACCGUGCAUGGGGCGUGGUCGCAACGGCCAGAUGAUGCGAUGGUCCCAGGAGAACGGGACUGGAGAUGAAGCUCGCAUCACUACGGGGAAAAGUCAGUAUGCCCGCUUUGUGUUUGGGUCCACGUGUGUAUCCGAAGUCUUCAUGGUGGCAAACGGGUCCAGCCAUCUGGCAGCGUUGAGCAGGCAUGCACUGAAACAGGGCUGUAGGAAUGCUGGCUCAUUCCUGUCAGGGUCAGGCUCUUUGGGCUCCUUGAAGGCCGCCCUGAAAGGCUUGGACAGCCUGUCUAUGGGAAAGCUUGCGUUCGCUUCCCGUGAUCUUUACUUCGCUGUUCGAGAAGCGGCCGCUCUGCGAAUCAAACUCGGCCUCGGCCAUGGCAUCAAUGCGGACCUGGCGUCGCGGCGCUUCGAAAAUCCUCUUCUUGUCUUUAGCCACCUGGAGUCCAUGGCGAACGCGCCUUUUCUGUUUGCUUCUUUGCGCGGAUUGCUUCGAUGUCUCGUGGAGAGAGCUAGGGACGAAUCAAGCGCGAUCUUGCUUGAAGUUUCGCCAGGAAACGAUCGCUUGUGUGAGUUACUUUGUGAGCUGGUGUUUGAGACGGACAUUCAAAGUCAAGAAAGGCAAGGCCGCUCAAAUGAUGCUGCUCAAAUUCGUGCUUCCACGCUGGCACGCCUGGCGUCGCUGAUGUACCAGUACAAGCCCCCGUCACCAGACGAUAGCUUGAGGAUUUUGGAGAGAAUGCUUAGCCUCAGAACAAAUCCGCAUACCAAAAUUGAUGCUGCCUAUAUCGCGGAGCAGGGGGGUGUGGCCGCGCAGCUUGCACACGGACUGCCCAACCUCCUGCCAACGACGCAUACAUGUAAGAGUUUAGCUUCAAAGACCAAGAAGAUUGUCGUUGCUAAGCUGAUAUGCCAGUUGCUGGAGCGUCUCAUCUUCCCUGUGUCAGAAGCAAGAAUCGUCUUGCAGUUUUCGCUCCCCGCCGAGAGGGCUGUCAGCCAGCAGCUCAUGCACGGACAAACCACAUCAUUCAUGCACAAUGUCCAUGUGUUGGAAAGCGAAGCAUGGAACGCCGGCAAAGCCUUGGACGUGUUCGCCAUCGAUGCGAAAAGACGUUACGUCCUGGUUCUGGAAGAGAAGAAGGGGGGCCGCUGGCCACUGGACACCUUCAGGUUGGGUCCUGCGGCGAUCCCGCAAGGGGCGCUCCUGCAGGGCUGGAGGUUCGAGGCCAGUCAUGUCCAGUCAUCCGUGAAUGCCGUAUCUUCGACCACGCAGGAGAAAUUGGAAGAGUUCAACGCACGUGCCUGCGGUUUGGUCUUGGGCUCGGACUCGGUUGCAUUCCGGAGAAACGUUGCAUGCCAUGGGAUCGCCAUGACGGCUGAUCGAGAUCCUGUCGUCUGCAGUGCUGAUCUAGAGUUUCCAUCGAGGGAGAGCAUUGAAGAUGGCUCAGAGCCACAUGCCGAUGUGCGCUGCGUCACGCUUUUCGUCGUGUCCCUGGCCAGCGCUGCUGGCCUGAUGCUGCUGCUCUCAUGGCAGGAUGACGACAGCGACAGCCAAAGACAGUUCAGGACAGGUGCCACACAGCCGAUGGCUGCGGCGGAGGCACGCAGACCGUCGGCACAGGAAGCUGCAGCAGCUGAGGCUCUGGCCCGGCACCUCCGUGGACCCCGGCCAGCGCUCGAUCCGCUGCUUGACACCCCAUUGUCAGCUGCAUCCACAAUUGUCAGCCCUGCUUUGUCGGACGCCAGCUGGGAGCUUCCAGAAGCAGGUGUUGACACUGAGCCUGCAUCAAGACCGCCGGAUGAAGCAGAUGAGCGUGGGUAA